GAACCUAGAGAGAGAGAGAGAGAGAGAGAGAGAUGGACAACCUGCUCGACCGAGCGCUGGGGCUGGACGGGCGCGGCGACCGGUGGCCUCUCCUUGGCAAGGUGGUCCUCGUCGAAGACUGCGUGGAGACGGGCGGCGCUUUCGUCGUCCACCACAUCAUCAAGCGCUUUCUCUCUCCUCAGCCCGCCGCCGCUUCCAACCAUUCCCUCAUCUUGGUCGCCUUCUCUCAGCCCCUCUCGCACUACGAUCGUGUCCUCCGAAAACUGGGCUGCAAUUUAGUUGCUCAAAGGGAUCACGAUAGAUUUUUGUUCUUUGACAUGCUCAAUCUCCGCUUCCCAGGUGAGGAAUUCAGAGAUGAUGUGAAAACUGGAAGCAGCGUUCUUGUUUCCCUGUUUGAGAAAAUAUACAAUGCUGUCCGUGCCUUAUCUGCAGAGAAGAACUGCAUUACCAUCGUGAUAGAUGAUAUUGCCCUUAUGGAGGUGGUGGCUAAUGGUUCUUCAGAUAGUGUCUUGGACUUCCUGCACUACUGCCGCACUUUAACGUCAGAAUUUGAUUGUUCGGUAGUUGCUCUCAAUCAUGGGGAUAUCUACUCGACCACGGAAAAGCCUAUGCUUAUGUUGAAUCUAGAGUACCUAUCUAAUAUUUUGGUGAGAGCAGAACCUUUGGCUACUGGUUCAGCAGUUGACGUGCACGGACAGUUGAUGGUUUUCAAUAAGGGUGAGCAUGACGGGCAGGGGACUCCGGGCAGCAAGGUACAUAACUUCCAUUUCAGGGUCAAGGAAAAUAGUGUGGACUUUUUCUAUCCCGGAGGCCGUGGCUGAUAAGAGCUGCAGCUGUUGGAUGAAGGAAACAAAUAUUAUCCUUCACAUGUGCGACGAAGGGGCCACUUUGGCAAUUUUUGUUACCUAUCUGAUGCACAAAAGCUGUUUUUUGCUAGAAUGCGAAAAAAUGGUUACGGGAAACUCGUGAUAACAGCAAAUUAGAUAGAUCUAUAAGCUGACUUGAUGGGAAGGUCUUCUUUUGCAUAUGUUCUAGUCAGACCUGUCAUGGAAUCUAACCGCCUUUGACAAUAUCUUUGUCGAUGGACCAUUCUAAAUUUAUAAAGGAACUAUAAUCCCCUGUUUGCAUCUCCA